AUGACAGAAGGACUCAAAUUUGUUAAAUAUGUUCUCUUAAAAUAAGAAAAUGAUCCACUUGAAUAUUGUGUUUGUACUCUACCAAUCUCAUCAAAUAUUGGAAUUCCUCAAUUUCCUUGUGAAUUACCUAAUAAUUUUAAUCUUUUUCAAUCAAAUGAAAUAUUUUCAUAAUUAGGAAUGGUAUAUGUAAUUUUGAUUUCUCUCAGAAAAUAAUGGAUAUUGAAUUAGAAGAAAACCAUAAAUUAAUGAGGAAAAUUUGUUGUCUUAGUUUGAGACCCUUAAAUAUUACAUCAAGAGAUUUUAAUAAUAACAUUCCAAUAUAAACAUAAAGAAAAUUUGCAAUUCCUUUAAUAUAGAAAAAUGAAAUGAAAGUUAAAUAUGAUGGUGAAUAUGCAGGUAAAUUUUUUUAAGAAUAAUAUUGCUCUUUUAUGAAAGGGAUUUUUCAUUAAUUAUUCAUUUAUGAUAGUAAUGAGUACCUACCUUAUUUAUGA